GCAUUCACCCUUUGCCAGCUUUUGCCGCGAAGUUAAACAGGCAAAGACGGACACUGAGACUCGCAAACUGUCUCAGUCGACUGUCUUUGUGUAAGUAAAAAGAAGAACCUAGCUAACUCAGCAAAAAAAAAAAAGGCAAGAGAGUUUAUUGUGGAGGUUCCAUUCCCCUUGGGACAAGACACACCUUUCCCCAACCUUCAGCACCCUUACCACCUCUUGCAAGACGGCGGCGUUUUCGUGUCGGUUGAAGCUUCCAGCAUGUCGGCUGCACAUUUCCCACAAACGGUCGGCUUUGUUGUCCUGUUGUUGUUUGCUUUCUGGGGAGACGUUGCGAGUGUGCCGUCAGACAGCGAUGCCAGACUGUUGUCCAGAGUCAUAGAGGCCGUGCAGAAAGGACUCGAAUUCUUUUCUGAAGACUAUUCCGACAUCAAUGUUGACGGUCUCUUUGGACUGAGGAUUGGACAAGGCCAGAUUGUCGCGGCAGUGGAGGAGUGCAAGGCCAGCGGAGGAUGCCCGAAAGACCUGCAGCCCCGCCUGGAGAAAAUCAGUGAUGGAGUGGAGCAGACUUCCGCCGCCGCCAUGUCCUACGUUGAGUUAGACGACCCGGACUACUUCAAGCGCUUCCUGUACAUCAUCAACAGCCCCUACCUGCUGCAGUACCGCCCCAAGAAGAUGAAGAACCUGGACAGCACGCCGGCCGGCCAUGAUGCCACCUAUGACGAGGAGACGGGCGACGCCUGCUUCGCCAGAAUCAUGGGAACCUACGAGGAGAAUGGGAGGAAAGUCAGCAAAUGCAACUUUGCCAAGUCUUGUUGGGAUUUGGUGUCGAAGAAAGAUACUUCAAACUACUCCAUCACUCAUCAGCUACUCUACUUUAUUUUGGUUGAAAAGACCGGCUGCGUAGAGGAGCUGGAGAAGGCGACGGGGGCCAGCGUGCAGGACAUCCAGGACCGCUUCUGUGGCUCCAUCUACAACGAGGUGCUGAGGGAGGUCAAGGACGGGGCGGUGGACAUCCUGAACCAGGAUCUUUUCUUGGAACAGGUGAUGCUGUGCGGCAUCCUGGGAUACGAGGAUUUCGUGCAACGCGAUUGGAUAGAGAUGGUCCUGAAGUGGCAGAGGCCCAAUGGCUGCUUCUCGCUGCCCAAAUAUCUGGUUGCCAUGGAGAAGAAGAUCGAGGAUAAUAACGCCGCAGAGAAAAAACUGUUGAAAGACCUUCAAGACGAAGUGGAGAUGAUAAACAAACAACAUCCGACAAGUCGAAAACUCAUGAGAGAGACAGUCAUGAACGAUGGCUGUCUCGCACACAAGUCUGGUCUUGGCUUUGGGACCCUGUGUCUCUACCUGCGUUACCUCGUCCGCCAGAAUUAUGUUUCCUUGUGAUGUUAGACCUUCCACCUAUCUGUUACAUUUUAGUCAUCUCCGUCUGAUGUGUUCAUUCUAAGAAAUUCUCAGACUACUUACUUAGGGAGAAAGACAUUUUAGCUGCCAAAAAGCAUUAAAAUAUUUUUGCAAUCACAAAUUUAAAUUUUAAGGUUUUAAAUGACUUUAAGUUAUUUUAUAUUUCCCAAAUCACUUACAUGUUUACCGAUAAGACCUAGCUUUCAUGUAACUUGGUCUGUUAAUACUUACUCAAACAUGUUUCAAUUUUACACCAACUGUAGGAGAUUCCAACUGACUGCGUUGAUCGCAGACAGUGCUAAGAAUUAAAUGCGGAUUUUUUUCUGGUUAGAGUAUUAAGCUAGUAUGAAAAUCUUGUUUUAUCAAAUAUAUGAUGAUGAUGACGACGACGACGACGACGAUGAUGAUGAUGAUGAUGGCAACAAUAACAACAGGAACAUACCUGUCA